AUGAUAACAGAUACAGAUACAGAUACAGAUACAGAGAAGUGUGAUUGUAAAGCAGAAGCAAAGUUUUAUUGUGAAGAAUGUAUUAGGUUUUUGUGUAAAGAACAUUUAGAUCAAAUACACGAAUUAGAAUCACAUGAUCCAACAAUCUGUAUUAAAGAGUAUUACUCAGCUAAAGCAUCUCUCUCAUCUCCACCCGGAGAAAACGAAAAUGACAACAAAUUGAUUAAUAUCUUUGGCAAAGAUAAUGACAGUAGCAUAGGACUUGAAAUGGGAAAGAAGUUGGCAAAAGACGACGAGGCACCUCUCAAUGUGAUCAGCUUUGUCGGAGCACCUGACACUGGAAAGAGUACCCUCAUUAAAAGAUUACUCCUUCUCAAUAACCAACCCAUUGCCAUGACCCCUCUAAUCAACGAUCCAAAUGCCGAAGAUGCCACAACCCAAACGUCUGACAUCACUGGGUACAAAUCAACCAUUGGAGGAUUCGAUACCCUCCUUGUCGAUACCGAGAGUGGCGGUUACGAUAUUCCGAGAACAGCACAGAGCGUCAAAAGCGAGGAAAGAAAGACACUCGUUCAUGGAAAGCACCCUCAAUUCGUAUACAAUGCCAGCGACAUUGUGGUGUUUGUUGUCAAUCAUCACAGGUCCAACCUGAUCGCAGUCAUCGAGCUCGUUCUGGCCUAUACACAAGUGGCCACCAGUGAAAACCUACCCAAAUCGACCAAGCCACAUCUCAUUGUGGUCUUUAACAAAAUGGAACCAUAUUUAGGUGGUAGCAACAAGUGGUACCGAACUGAAAAUGGUAUUAAAACUCUUUUCGAUAAGAAUGCCUACAAUGACUAUCCUCUGGGAGGAGAAAUCCUUAAAGAGAUUGAAAAGUAUUACAAGUCUCAACAGGCAAUAGUAAUACCUGAUUUCUUGUACUCUUCUCUUGGAUAUAUCGAACAAACAAAAGCACUGUUCCACUCCAUCUCAUCAAUAACAUCUAAAUAUGAUAUACCCGACUUUGAAUCAACAUUUCAACCAUUAAUCGACUAUUUAAAUAUUAAAAAAAUUUUUUAUUGUGACAAGGAUGGAUGUUCUAAACCUCUAACCAAUUAUUGCAAGACCUGUGCCCAAUUUUUAUGUGAUGAUACAAAAGGUGAACAUACAAAAGUAAACCAUCAAGUAGUCAGCAUUACGGAUUAUAAACAAGAGGUCUAUAAAGGCAGGCAUUUACUACAAUCCAUCGAUGGAAAAUUGGUACUUGGACCAAUGUGGUCAACUCUAUCUCUGAUGAGUAGUAAAAAUCAGGGUUACUAUCUUGUUAGUUUUCUUGGACAAAAUGUUGGUGCCUAUGCUGAUGAAACAAUGUUUCCUCCACCCGUAUCAUCAGAUAACAGCUUUGAUAUGAGAUGCUACGUAGAGUAUCCAAACACUGUCAACCAAAAGCGAAUUAUGAUGAUCGACACUGAUAAUAGUAGCAAUCAAAUAUAUCGUCAAACCAUUUCAUUGAUAAGUGACAUAAUCGUGGUUGUCGAGCAUGGCAGCAAAGAAGAAAUAACAUCUACCAUCAAAUCUCUCACAGAGAAACAUACUUCGAAACCACACAUCAUAUUAAUUCAUAAUCAAAGAAAUGAUCUUGAAAAACUAAAGGAAGAUCUGACCAAUAUAUCUUUUAUUGAUCAAAGUUUGCAAAAGUCGAUUGAAGAUGUACUAAAGAAAAGAGAAAGCAGCAAUUUCGUGGCACUACGAGAGCUUGAAUUGUUUGUCGACAAAUACAACUAUUAUAAAUGCAAACAGUGUUCCAACCAAGCAACUUGCAUUUUUACUGGAACACCGAAAUGUGAAGACCAUUUCAAUGCUCUAGUUCAAAGAUUCAAGGAUAUGUGUAUUCCAAUUGAUAAAGACUUGGAAAGCCGAUCAAUUCUAAAACAUGGAGACUAUGAACAAUCAUUCAAAAAAGAAUACGAUGCGAGAAACAAAUUAUUUAAAGAAAGAGAUGGGACAAUUGAAUUUGGACCAAAAUGGUAUCAAUGUGGAUUAGACAAUGAUCAAGAGUUCAAAAUGGUCACAUUCAUUGGACCCAGCGGAAGUGGAAAGAGUACACUUAUAAGAGGGUUAUGCCAUGGUGACCGCCCAUUAUUACCAGAAGAGAACAACCAAUUUUCAUCAACUUCAUCAGAUAUCAAUGUGUAUCUUGGUAAAACCCCGAGCAGUGGCGAUUUCUUAAUUGCUGACUGCGAAGGGUUUGGUGGGACCCUAAAUACUGCAACUAGCACUGGAGGAGCCAGCAAAUCACAUCGAACGUUGGUUGAAACUGAAUACCCAAGGAUUAUGCAUUCAUUCAGUGAUGUUGUCGUUUGUGUUUGUUCAAACUCUUGGCAAGAGCGACAAACGAUCGGAAAAUAUGUUAAAUUACAUGCACAACACAGUGACGCUGGAAUUGUCAAUCAAGGAGAAUUGCCACAUCUCAUUUUGGUAUUCAACAAGAAAGCAAAGAAUGAAAUGAAUGUUGGCAAUGAGGAAGCUACAAAAGAAUUUUUUGAUAAUUAUAAUGGUGAAUUUAAAAAGAUUGUCCGGCCAUACUACCGAUCAUGGAAUAUUAUUCGUAUUGCAACUGACGAGGGUGGCAAGGAUCCAAAGACAUUUCUAGCUUCCUACCAAGCCCUAAAGGAUGAAAUUUAUAAACAUCUUUUCGAAAAAGAUUAUAAAUUAAGCAAACAAACAAUAUUCAGAAAUGAUAGCCUCCAAGGAAUCGUGGCGUCACCUCUAACAACCAAAGAAGUCAUCAAACAAAUGGGAGAAGUGGUUCAUCGUUUCAAUAGUAAUGUUUCUCAAAUCAACUUUAUCGAAAUACAACCAAUCGACCCAAGAAGAGUUGCAUCCUAUCUAUUCAAAUAUUUUAGAGUCGCAUUCUCUCUAUUGUUAUCCACUACCGAUAAACUUGGAGCGUACGAAAAGUCUAUUGACCUUCUUAGUUUGCGUUUAUCAGUGUCAAAUAUCCAAACAAAAAUUGGUCCACAGUUUUAUCAACGUUAA